UUUGCUUCAGAAUUUUGUGAGUUCGUAAGUUCAACUUUUGUAAGACUUGCAGUAUGAAAGGAAUUUUGUACUUGACGAUAACGAUUUUAUGCAUGCACAAUGUCAAGGCUGGUGAGGUGCCAGAGGAAAUAAAACAUUUGGUCGUCGGCCUGCGUGAAAAAUGUCAUCGAGAAACAGGAGUUGACAUUGAACAUGUCGAUCGAACGGUUGAGGGUUAUUUUCAUCCUAGCGAAACUCUUGGUUGCUACUUUUCCUGCUUAUUCAAUUCUUUUGAUCUGCUUGAUCAUGAUGGGCACUUGGAUUGGGACAAGGCUAUUAGUAAAUUGGAUGCCGUUGGAUCUCUGAGGGACCAUGCCAUGGACUUCAUUAAUGCUUGUCGUGGCACCACUGGAGCUAAUCCAUGCGAAUCAGCUUUGAAUAUCGUUCAAUGUUUCCAGAAAGCUUAUCCAGACAAAUUCUUCGUUAUCUAAACAACUUUCAAGGAUUGAUAAUUAUAAAUACUGUCAACAUUUCUGACUCGCAAUUAUAAAAAAGAAUACUAUUAAUUUUUAUAAAU